AUGAAAGUGGUUGCCCGGGAAACGCAGCCACCCAAUGUUCGCAGUGUAUUAGUGAGGAAUUCAAGGAGUAGCGAAGAGGACUGCGAAAGUUUGGACUACUCAGCAUAUUCGGCGGCUGGCUUCGGCAGCUGCUCUCCAGUCUCCUCCACCGAAUCGUCGUCUUCGAUGAGUCUCAUUUCGGCUGCUUCUUCGAAAAAUUCAUCGCUCAAUGGUGGUGGGGUCGGAGUCAGAGGUCAAGAUCAAGCUCGAGGUCAAGGUCAAGAUCAAGGAGGUCAUUUGACAGGGCGACGAAUCGGAACGUCAGCCUUGAAGACAGUGGCAAGGCAGGAGUUGAGAUCGACUGAUUCGGUCGGAAUUGAGGCGGAAAAAAAGACGGUGGGAUCAGGGCUACCGGUUGGGCCAAGACCGUCACCUAUCGGUGCCUCACAGCCACAGCUGGUGGUACAGCAGCAGCCCUCAAGUCCGCAGGAAACGAAACCAGUCUUAGCUGUGAAAGGUAUUUCGGCACCACGGGUUGCUGUGUCGCGAAUCGCUGUUCCACCACCUAACUCUACUCGAUAUUCUGACACUAAUGGCGAUAUUCCUAGUCAUAAUCGCCUAAAGAGCAGCGGCUCAUCUGAGAGCAAGGCUGUGGUUUUCGACGAAGGCAAGAAAUUGAAGAGUGUUGGCGAAAAUCAAGCAAUGGUAGUGGGAAGUUUGGAUGCGGAGCGUGGCGUAGAGCUGGAGUUGGGAGAGCAAAACCGGAAGCAACCGCUCACCGCCGAUGCGAAAAGAGCGAAUGAGCAAAAUUCUCUGAGUGAUGAGAAGUUAUUUAGUGGUGACGACGAUGAGUGUGAGUAUGAUGAAUAUGAUGAUGGUGGUGGUGUUUGCGUUGUUGGAACAACUACAGUAAUCCAAAAGGAGCAAGCCGGCUCGGAAAAAAUUCCGUGCAGGACCACCCGAAACAAGAAGGUGGACGCGGUGGAUGUAGAUGAUCGUGGUGGUGCGGCGGCUGCAACGAGUGGUUAUUCAGCUGCAACAACGUCGAAUUCGAAUUUGAAUUUCGCGCCGCCGCCGCCGCCACCCACGCCACCUACCUCAACUUGCAGCUCUAUAUCUUUUCCAGUCGAGACCACCUCUUCUUCCCCAGCCAGCAACUCCCCGUCGGUGAUCGUGACUACAACCACAACACCACCGUCAACAACAGCAGCAGUCCUCAUCAAAAACACCCCGUGUGGCGGUGGUUCUGUUGCAGCGCAAAAUCAGAGUCCAACUAUCGGCGUCGUUAGUCCUAUGAUGAGCCAUAGGACACUGCGGGCACCAAGUGUCCAGAGCACAGAUGGUGGCAGUCAAAGCGACGCCUCCACCACAUCCGAAAGUCGUGACUCAGACAACAUUAGUGUCAUCUACAAUCCGUGUAAAGAAACGAAACAACAGCAGCAGCAGCCAGUCUCAUUAAACAAUAUCAAUAAUAAUAUUAAACUCAAAAAAGCAUCACCACCAGUGCCUCCUACCCGAACAAGCAGUAGACUGGAGACAACGUUCGAUUCGAAUUGUGGUGUUGUGACAAAGGAUCUAUCGGGAGGAUCGAUGCUCCUUAUGAAGACGGCGAUGCCCGAGGAAUCGGGUGAUUUGGGUAGAAUUCGACCGAUGGAACCGAUCGUGAUGCGACGUGUGCCUGUGCCACCACCCUACUCAGAGGUGGUUCGUGACGGGCGGGUUUACCCACCCGGGCAAGUACCCGUACCCGUAAACGUACCCGCUCAC